AUGUCUACAAAAAAGGGCGGCCAAGUCAAAGGAAAGGAAGCCGAAAACAUUGUUGAAGUGUACCUUACAGAGCAAUACCGACCAUACGCGGUUAAUGAUAUUGUGCAAAACCUGCACAAAAGCAUGCCGAAAACAAGCGUCAUCAAAGCGUUAGAGACUUUGGUGAAAGAAAACCGCAUAACCUGUAAAAUGUUCGGUAAGAUUGCGAUCUACGUGUGUAAUGAACAAGAACUUGAAAAAAACGAGGAGUUAGGAUCGGAAGAAGUUUCUUUUGAAGCUCUGAUGGAGUUACGAGAGGAGUUGAUUCGAGUUGAGAAGGACAGAAAUGAAGUUACAGCACAGUUGCAAAGCAUUUUAAAAACGCCGUCCAACGCAGAACUAAAAGUUUCAAUCGAUGCAACAAUCAAGGAAAUGGAAGGCAUAGAGCAGCAUUUAAAAGACCUUAAGCUACAGUGGAAACCAGAAGAUGAACAAAUUAUCACGCGUAUCAAGGAUUAUGAGCAAAAAAUCGAUAAGCAAGUUAACGCAAGGAAGAAAAUGUGGGCUGCAGCUCUUUUGCUGGUCAAAGAAGCAUUGGCAAUCAAAAACCUUGAUGAGUUUCUUGUAAGUUAUAUUUUGAAGCCAGCAUGUCAAUCAGCCUUCUACUAA